UUGGCACGUCGCAACUGAUACUCAACCGAGCUUCUUUGGUACAUAUCGGCUGAGUUCUUCAAUAUCUGCAAUUUUACUGAAAAAUUUUCAAAAUAUUUAGCUGAAAUUUCCCCAUUUUCGUCCUCUACUUGAGCUGAUGGUUAGGUUUUGGCACUACGCUGUUCUUCUCUCUUUCGUCGUGAUCGCAUCGGUCGCGCGCGAAUCUUCAAGCUCCUUCAUAGUCAAUCCGUCUAAAGUCAAGCAAAUUUCAUGGAAACCGAGAGCUUUUGUGUAUGAAGGUUUCCUUACGGAUGAAGAAUGCAAUCAUAUGAUAUCUCUCGCAAAAUCGGAGCUGAAAAGAUCGUAUGUUGCAGAUAAUGAGUCGGGAAAGAGUAAACUCAGUGAAGUUAGGACUAGCUCUGGAAUGUUCAUUCGUAAAGCUAAGGAUCCAAUUGUUUCUGGGAUAGAGGAGAAGAUUGCCACUUGGACUUUUCUACCAAAAGAUAAUGGAGAAGACAUACAAGUGCUACGCUAUGAGGAAGGGCAGAAGUAUGAAUCACAUCAUGAUUACUUUGUUGAUAAGGUUAAUAUUGCUCGUGGUGGACACCGAAUGGCCACUGUACUCAUGUAUCUAACUGAUGUAGCAAAAGGUGGUGAAACUGUGUUCCCCGAUGCAGAGCAAUCACCUCGUAGGAGAUCAAUGAUUUCUGAUGAUGAUGAUUUGUCUGACUGUGCUAAAAGAGGCGUAGCAGUGAAGCCACGGAAGGGUGAUGCACUUCUUUUCUUCAGUCUCCAUCCAACUGCCAUCCCCGAUCCUAUUAGCCUCCAUGGCGGCUGCCCCGUGCUUGAAGGUGAGAAAUGGUCAGCAACAAAGUGGAUUCAUGUAGAUUCCUUUGACAAAAUUGUGGGAUCUGUGGGAAAUUGCACUGAUUCAAACGAAAACUGUGAGAGAUGGGCUGCUCUUGGAGAAUGCACCAAGAACCCAGAGUAUAUGGUCGGAGCUCCAGACCUCCCAGGCUACUGUAGAAAGUCCUGCAAAAAAUGUUAACAUAAAGCACAUCAUGGAAACUCCAGACUUCCCAUACUAUAGAAAGCCUAGCAAAAAACUGUCAACACCAGGUAUCUUUGCAGGAACUCCAAACCUCCCAGGUUAUUAUACUAAAGUCUUGCAACAAAAUUUUAUUCCUGAAACAGAUGCUUCCACUAAAAAUUCCUCUCAUAAUAUUGUCCACUUCUUUGUUGAGUUAUUACGCUCUGUGCACUGUCAUUCACAUAGUCUCUCUGAUAUUACAUUUGCAUACUUUUAUGUAUCUUAGACUCAUUCAUGGAAUCGAAAACUUGUUUUGCAAUCAGUU